GAUGUUCAAGGUGGAAGUAAGAGAUAUCAAAAAAAAGCGGUGAUGGGGAUUCUUCUCAUACCCCACGGUUCUUCAUUUCACUCGUUGGAUAACAUUCAUCAUUUAACUAUAGGCAAUCUCUUACUUUGCAUCACAUUUUUUGAGGUCGCUACAGCAUUCCAGAUCUUUUUUACUUAUGCUGCUGCUGAGCAAUUUGAACUUGAAAACAAUGCGAGACCAUUAGUGUCAUCAGCUUGUGAAACUAAAAUUUUAGAUGAGGUGCCACCUGAUCCGUACUACGAUGCUUCUGACGUGACAAUUAAUGCAGCAAGAAAAUUAAGCGAAUUUAUUAUUAAUUCAACAAGCAAAGGAAAAAAGUCAUCAAAUUAUUCAUUGUCCAAAAUUGAUGUUUUUCGGAUGCAAGCAAAUGCACUGGCAAACGAAGCUUUGAAGAAUGAUGAUAAUCUUAUAGCAUUUGCACUUGCAGCCCCGUCACUUCCAUUGGCAGUUGUGCAAUUUCGUGAGAAGGUCGAUAAUCGUAAUAUUACCGACCACGCGUUCUUGAGCAUUUAUUGGCGUGAGCUUGGAAUCGCAUGGAAUCAAACAGAUGGUGCACAAUUUUGGGGUGCGCCAUUUAAAGACUGUGGGCCAAUGAAAGGUCGAUGGCUUUGGCCUUUUAGUGUUACUGUUGUUGUUCAAAAUGUCAAGACUGUUGCUUCAUCAUUUAUAGCAGCUGAUCAAGAUGCAUGCAUAGAUGCAUUAGAAGAAAUUUUUGGCAAAAAACACAGUUGUGACCGUGAAACAACUUUUUGUUUGAUGACCGAAUCUGAGCCUGCUGAAUCUGUUUCACAAUCUCCGUUAACAAACACCAUUUCACGACCAACAUAUACUUGCGUCUGUAAAGAAGGUUUUUACAUUCCAAAUCAAACACUACAGGGCUUUCCUAGCGAUAAGGUUGAAAGUAAAACAGGAAAUUUCAGCUGUGUUCCAUGUCCAGGUUGUGCAAUGUGCGACAAAGAUGGUUCAUGCUUUUAUGGGCAUGAGGAAGAGGAAGAAUUUUUGACGGAAACAGUUUUGAGAACUUUCAUUGGAGUUAUUCUUGGAGCUUGUAUUGGAAGCUGCUUCUUAUUAUCAUUAACUGUUUUUCGACAGAGAAAACGUAAAACGAUAGCAACAAGCAUGUGGACCAUAUUAGAGACUAUUUUGCUUGGAAUUAUCUUCCUCUAUUCAGCGGUUGCUCUUCACUUUCUACCAGCUACAUCGUUUCGAUGCAUGUUAGAGCCAUGGUUAAGAGAAGUUGGCUUUAUAAUCUGCUAUGGUGCCAUUGUUCUCAAAUUAUAUCGUCACUUGGUAGAGUUUCGUACACGAAAAGCACAUAGAUAUGUCGUGCGCGAUUUAGAUUUGUUACGAUAUUUAUGUGCAAUGAUUGUAGCUGUUUUAUGUUACCUAGCAGCUUUUACUGCGUUGUGUAUAGAUUAUUUAGACUUUAGCGAAUUGACAUGGAAUGUUGAAAUGGAAAGCAUAACUACAAGCAACAUGUGCAAACCCUUGAAAUGGGAUUACGUCACACAAUCUGGAGAAAUGUUAAUAUUGAGCUUUGGAAUUCAAUUAGCUUAUGCCAGUAGAAAUGCUAAUACACAGUUCAGGGAGAGACAAUUUCUAGUCGCUUCCAUUGUCAUAGAGUUUAUAGUUUCGUCUAGCUAUUACAUAAUAAAGGACUGGUAUUUACCGGAAUUAAAUCCAACAACGUUGUUAUUAGCUAUGUUCAUAAGAUCCCAACUUACCAACACAGUCACAGUAAUUCUCAUAUUUAUGCCAAAAAUUUAUUAUCAACAUAGGCAGGGCGCACACGAAAGCUCACAUCAUCAUCAUGGUUUGAGUGGGUAUGCUGGUAUCUGUUUUGGGGACCCCGAAGCAGGAGAUCUCACAAUAUCUGAGAUGAGUCCCGAAGAAGUUCGAUCAGAAUUGAAAAGACUGUACACACAAUUAGAACAUUUAAAAAAUAAAACAUUGCGCUUGGACAAUCCACACAUCAGUAAACGUCGUGGAGGAAGAAAAGUUGCACAUCGACGGUUCUCAUUACAGAAGAAAGGAAGUCGCGACAAGGCAUUAAGUGCAAAGCACCGUAAUAAUCGACCUCCACCAAGUCAAGACGUAGAGAUCACCGAAGCGGAACCAUCACGAACACCUGAAGAUUCAGUUUGUAGUAUUGAAGGUCCUACAGAUACUGGCACCGGUGGAGAAGCGUCAGGCAUUUCAGCAUCUAAAUAGCAUCCACACAUCCAGGUGACACAUUUGUAGGCCAAGUACAAUGUUAAUUCCUGUAUCCAAGAAAGUAUGGAACAUGUAUAUUUGUAAGUUUAUCAAUUGAACUAUCUACCGUGGAAAAUAUAUCUCACCUUAAUAAUAAUAAUAAUAGUCAUAAGCAUGAAUGAAUAAUAAUACCAAUAGUACAAUAUUGAAGCUUCUUUUAAGCGUUGAAUAGAAUUCAUUUGAAAACAAGAAUAUUGAAUAAGGUACAUAUUUAUGUUAGCAUAAAAUAUAUCUAAAUGGAAAUAUCUAUUAGAAACAAGUGUAUAAUUUACACUAUGUCACAGCUUUAUGAAAUACAAAAUCAGAUUAUUAUAGAUCAUUAAAAAGAAAUUCCAAAAUAAAGUACAUAAGUAAGCUAUUCAUUUGACUGAAUUUUAUAAACUCAACAAGUAACUGAGUAACGAAGUCAACCAAGUUGAAAAUAAGAAAGCUUCAAGAAUAAAUCACAAUGAGUAUUUGAACUAUUGAGACGAGAGGAAAAGUUUUAUCAAGAAAAUAGAAAAUGCAGACCGUCGUUCUUAACUGUUAACCUUCCACAUGUGGCGUAAAAUCUUUGAUAAAAAGUUAUCAGCAUUUUUAUGUUCUUCUAAUAAACCUUCUGUAAAAGUCAAUCUUCUAAAUAAAGUGAUUUAAACACCAAUCUUUAAAUUAUUUUCCAAAGGAACGUAAGACAAAACAAAUCUUACACUUUAUCUUCCAAAAAGGUUUUACGCCUUUUGAAGAACGAUUCCAGUUAUCUGCAUUUUUAUUUAUUUUCUAAUGGUUCGCUCAAAUCAAGUAACAGCAAUCCAUAAAAUAGACUCACUGCACAUUGCCUUGCACAUGCUGGAGAAAUAGAACGCACAACAACAACAACACAAAACAUUAUAAAACCAUAUAAGAAGACAAACAGUAUUAAAAAGGAAAAGUGAAAUUUUACAUUCCACAAUGCCUCAUUAUUUUCCAGAUCCCACGAAACAAUUUCAAAGACAGUAAACAAUAUUUGACAUGGUGCGAUACAUUUACACAAAUAAAGAUAGUAGAAAAUUCUGCUUCCGGUUCUUAUACCUAUCUAUUAAAAAAAUCCAUUUCUACCAUCACCCAAUUUACAAGACAAAAAAAGAGCAACAGAUGAGUUUUUUAGGAUUUUAAACACAAAUCUUGAAUAAAACUUGCAUGUACGAAUACCUAUAGGAAAAUUCCAUUGAUAAUAAAUGUAGAGCUUUUUCAAUAAACAAAAAGAAAAGAUUUGAAUUUAAAUAUGUAGUCAUCAUGAACUUAAAUUUAUUAGUGCAUAAUGAAAGCUUUUUAAAAGCAAUGGAAAAAAAUAAAAGAUAGUGAAAUACUUAGGAGCUUUUUAAGAUAAUAUUAACGUUUUUCCCGAACAUAUUACAUACAAGCAUAGGUAAAUGAAACCCAAUAAAAAUUGGAACGAGAUCACUUGUAAAGGAAAUCGUUUUAAGUAUAUCGUGAAAUAUUCAAGAUUGUAAAUUUAUCAAAUUUCUAAAGCUCUUCAACUUCUUGUUUUUUGACAGCAUAGCUACAAUACCAUUAUGUUUGAGUAUUUAUUUGCCAGGUUACCUACUUAUAUUGAAAAUUGACCAUUUCGACAAUUUAUAGUAUAAAUAUUGAGUUCAGAAAAUAUAAAUCCUUAUAUGAAAUAAAGAUAUUUAGAAAUACUUAAGAAACAUUUAAUUGUACCAUCAAGAAAAUACUUGUGUACAGUCAAAUGAAAAUAAAAGUAAUGACUUCAUUAUAAUUGAUAAAUGUUUGAAAUUAUUUUAAAAAACAUUGAAAAUUAUUAUUUUCAACUUUAUGUUGUACUUGAUCGACGCAAUUACAAAUUGUCAUUAGUUUUGCGUAGUUUUUUUAAAAUAAAUAUAUAAACAAACAACGCGCAUUAGAAUCAC